UUUAAGUACAGCUGUGACUUGCUCGACAUUCCGGCUCUUGUGUAUUAUGAAACUGUUGAUCGGAUUUCAUACCGACUCGUAUGGUGACAUUUGUAUCCAUCUGCCUUCAGCUAUCCUUCUGAGUCUGUCUUUGUUUUGGAAUCGCAUGACAUGUCUGUCGUCUGACUAUCACGCCUUCUGCUCUGAGCACAAAUUGGCGGUCGACAGAAAAUGAGGUUGAAUUCUUCUCGGGGUUCGAUGUCAAUUUUGUUCAGUGCACGGACAUCGAAGAUCAUAAGAGGAGAACGCAAUCAUUGCUGAGACUGAACAUUGAGAUUAUCGGAGGGCGGCAGUGUGGUGAGUGGUGAGCAGCAACCGUCGGAGUUCACUUGAACAAGCGAAAUCCAAGGAAGUCUUCGAAAGCUGGGGAAUCCCCAUGAGUUUCUGUUUCAUGGAAGGUUUGCGGGUAUCUUCGGAGCAUUUGCUGUAAAAUUUACGACAACUUGGAGUGUGCAAGCGAUUUGAAGAAUUUCAAAAAUGUUUGUCUCGUGCGAGGCUCAAUAGUGUCCUCCGAUGGUCGGGUUAGAUCGUGAAUGCUGCAACAUGACGUCACAUAAUAAACCUCAGUUUCAUCAUACAGAGAUUAUACCUUUUCGUGCGAACAAGAGUUGGACUUGCACCGACAACUACGAAUAAGAAAAGCCUAAAUUUAGGUUCAGAGAGAUUGUCUUCUUUGAAGUCCCAUGAGCACCGCAUCAGCUUCGAGGAGCAAAAGUAUUCAAAGUAGAAGAUAGAGAGAACGCUUUGGGACGAGAUCGUUUUCAAGUCUUGUCCCCUUGCUGUGAUCCUCAGUCGACUCAGGACUUUCAUCACACCUUGGAUCAGUAUCAGAGUAUUAGGUCCUCGGUAUCACCUCAAAGGCGCCAGACUUGCUCUAUAAGGAUGAACUUCUAGCCCUUUUACUGGUAAUCAUGUAUCGAGAAGAGAGACUCCGAGAUAUAUGGGGGACAUAUACUUCAUAUGUCAAUAAUACCUCUUUGCGAGCCACCAGCAUGUGUAUGAGACGACUCAACGUUUCAGACAGAGAAUGCUUCAGUAUAAUGCCACUCAGGAUAUGCACACAGUUUCAUCACAAGACAUCUCUCAUCCUGGCUUAAUCUUCUUCGUAUGAAGUGUAUACUCCAUUUUCCUAGACUCUAUAUUAGAUUCCUAUCUUGAAGGAAUUGAGCCUCAUUCUGGAAGUUGUUAUGGAUACAGACUUAUAAUGGAAUAAGACGUGACGAGACUUCAACUUUUCAGAUGUGUGGGAUCCCCAUCGAUGCAAGGUCUGGAUCUCUCUGACACAGAUAUCGAAGUCGGCGUUGUUCGUGCCUUCGAGAGUUUGAUGACAAGGAACAAGAAGGGUGGUUGAUGUUGCCCAGGCUCAGGAUAAGUGAGCACAUCUCCAACGUUAAAGGCAGAAAUUUCCUUCUGCACCAUCAGCAUCAACUUCAUAGUUGCGAAGGCCGAGGUCUAAAAACCACCACCAUAUCUCGGAGAUCUCAUGAUCUCCGAGAGCACGCAGACAAUGCACCACCAAGAGUGAGGGAUGUCUGAGAACGAGGAACGCAACUGUAUUGGAAAUCUCUCAUUCCAUCAGUCCACUUUAGUCCGGUCCCGGAUCUCUGUGGACCCAGGAAAUCAGAGCAGAAUUGGAGUGUGCCUGGCAGAGUCUAAGAUUAGCUCUACUUCAGCACUCAAAAGGUGAUUCUACCAUUCAGCACUUCCAUGUUUCGCUCGAGUAUCUUCUCACGGAUCAUACAUAUUCCGACGUUGGUCCCAAUUUCCGAUGGCGUUGACGGCCGAUAAUCAGGCACCGAUGCUUUCAAAUCGAAAUGCUAAAGCGAUGCGUUGGAGACAGCACCACUGUACGUGAACCAUCAACAAAUAGAUAUUUGUGUCAUUCUUUUUCUCACACCAGCUCCUUGCGAGUUCUCACGAGUGCAGAAUCCUUGCAGAGAUACCAAGUUCUGUGAGUCCCCAAAAGUCCAAGAGAAUCCAUGUUGGACUAUGGGACAUGAGCCAAAAGGUGGCAACCGAUUGAUACCAGCCUCAAGGAGCAGAGUCAGCAGACAGUACUACAGUCUAGUCGAGCUUCACCUUUCCCACUACAUGUGCUCCAGCAGGACAGCCCUCGCAUGCAUGGAGUCAUGGACUUUCGUGCUGGGCCGAAUUGGACUCGUCCUGCACUCCAUACAUCGAAAUCUGAAUCUCUUCCUCUGCCUCAGCUGCUGGACACGCAGGACCUGGAGUCCUGGACCCGACCCAACCCAACCCAUCUUCGAGUUACGCCUGUGCCUCCACUGUCCGUCCCACUUUAGCAAUUUCGCUCUCUAGCGAUCUCGGACGUAAGCCAUGCCGACGCCUCAGCUCUGAUGCUCCGUGAUCCCAAGAGUCCAGCCCAACCAGUUCAACCACCCAAAAAGUUGGUAGCCUCGUGGCCCAGCCUUCGUAAGUCCAAACAUUGGCCUGGUCCUAUUUUGCUCUCAUACGUAGACUCUGUUGAAGCUGAAGACACUGGACUUCGAUGCGAUUAUGUUUUUCUAGCUCAUCAAGUGAGCCAAAGCUUCCCAAGUCUGCGCUGGAUUUCGUGAAUCAUGGUUUUGCUAAUCAGCUCAUCUGGACCGAUACCACUCUGCUUGGUAGCGGACAGUCCUUCCAAAAAGGGAUCUGUGCUUUCGUGGACCUUAAAUUUACCCUCCCGAGUGCGUCCCAAGUUUUACAAGCUUUCGCUAAAUCAGACGUCGUU